CAUCUGGAGGAGAGAAGAGUGGACGUGAGAAAUCCCGCAUCGAGAGAGGCGCAACUCUCGGAGCGAGCUGAAUUGUCUUGAAGGAUUUGCGCCUGCGGCUCUCCCGCUGACGCGCACUCGGCAUGCACGCGCGCUCCACCGCGAUCGUCUCGCAAAUGCGCAGCCUCGCUUAGGAAACUUGACGUCUCGUGGGAAAUGUCCGACUCUUGCGCUUUUUUUUUUGGUGGACUUUCUUUUCGCCUUGCAAAGAGUCAGCCUGGCGCGCGUGAGAAAUGGCGUGUGGACUUGGUGAGCGGUUUGCCGCGUGUCUGCCGCACCUGCGCGGGUCGGCGCCACAGGUGAACGUAUGACCGAACCAACUAGUGGAUCGUAGUGCGCGGCGUUUCGAAAGCGACGAUGGACCUCAAGGUGGAACGGGAGGAAAUGGACACCGAGCGCCCUCCGCCGAUUGCGGUGUUCGCACACGGGUCCACCCUGCACGGCAUCUCGCACAUUUUCACCUACGAGCGCUUCUGCUUCCGACGCGGCCUGUGGCUCGUCUUCUUUUUCGCCUCUCUCGCCGUGCUGCUUUUCGUGUGCGUGGACCGGAUCCAUUUCUACCUGGAGUAUCCGCACGUUACCAAACUGGACGAGGUCGCCGCCCCGAUCAUGACGUUCCCCGCGGUGACUUUUUGCAACCUGAACGCCUUCCGCUUCAGCCGAGUGACACGCAACGACUUAUAUCACGCAGGGGAGCUGCUGGCGCUGCUCAACCACAGGUACGAGAUCCGAGACGCGCAUCUCGUGGAGGAGAGCGUUUUGGAGAGCCUGAAGGUCAAAGCGGAUUUCCACAACUUCAAGCCGCGACCUUUCAACAUGUUGGAAUUCUACGACCGCACCGGCCACGACCUCAACGACAUGCUGCUCUCUUGUCACUUCCACGGCACCGAGUGCAGAGCCGAGGACUUCAAAGUGUACUGGUAG